AUGCGUUUCGUCCUCGCCGUCAUUGCUGCUUUAGCAUCAUCAAUCUUUGCCAUGCCCGCUGACGUGACUGGCACCGCUAAAUGUCCUACUGUUUGUUACAGUGACGCAGAUUGCAAGGACUGCUAUUCGUUGCCAUGCAUGAGUACAGUAUUUUUCCUGGGUUCGAACUUGGAUGACAUGCUAGUGAUUCACCUACAUAGGACUUCCUUGCGGGCUGCAUGUGAGACGUGUUUCUGCUUUCACAUCGGUGCAGUAAGGCCAUUGGCACUGAUGCGUGUGUUACUGGUAAUUUGCAGAUCUGAUCAACGCGGCGUCAGGAAAACAUUGGUGGAUUUGGUGUAA